CCCAUCCUUUUCACCCCUUUCUUACUGCCACCCACUUCCACGCCACACCGAUUUCACCAAUGUCGGUCACCACAGAAAACAAAGUCUACGUCGUCACGGGCGCCAAUCGAGGCCUUGGCCUCGGCCUCGUGCAAUCACUCCUUGCGCGGCCGCAGCACACAGUGGUGGCGACUGUGCGGAGCGAGCAGGCCAAGCAAUCGCUGGAAGAGGAGGUCAAGAGCGUCACCAAGGGAACGGGCAGCACGCUUGAAAUCAUACAAUACGACUUUUCGGCGGCCAUCCCGCCCAAAGACGUGGAGAGCACAUUUGCCAAAUUGAACAUUGCCCACAUUGAUGUUCUGAUCCUCAACGCCGGAGGGGCUCAGCCAAUGGUGCAGCCAAGCGAGACCACAGCCGAGGACCUACGCGCCGCCUUCGAGACCAACACAAUUGCGCCUCUGCUCGUCUUCCAGGGCCUGAAGCCCUAUCUGCUCAAAGCCAAAUCGACUCCCAAGCUCAUCUGGGUCACUUCGUCGGUCGGAAGCAUCGCCGACAUGGAUGCAUUUGGCGGCGGCGCCUACGGUCCCAGUCGAGCGGCACAAAACUGGCUGGCGCGCUCCAUCCAUCUCGAAUUCAACGGCACAAAGGGCGAAACGCGUCUGAUUGCCAUUCCUCUGCAUCCAGGAUGGGUGCAGACGCGCGCAGGCCAAUAUGUCGUUGAUCAGUGGCAGCCGGCGCUCAAGGCCAUCGACUAUCAGAUUGAGAAGCCGCCGACUACACUUGAGGACAGCGUCUCGGGCAUGCUCAAGGUCAUUGACAAUGCGACGCCAGAGCAGUCGGGCCAGUUCCUGACGUUUGAAGGCAAGCCUCUGCCAUGGUGAGGUAUGGUUUGGGGGUUGAAGGAUUUGCGCGCCGGGCGUGCUCCAUUCAGCGCGGAAGAGGCUCGCAAGAGCUCCAUGGACAUCAGCCAUCAGAGAAUGAAAUAAUACACUACUAUGC